AAGGCUGAUGAGAAAAAUCCCCAAAACCAAUUACAAUCAAUCAAAUCCCUAAAUCUCUCUGUUUCCUCCCACACCCCUCUAACCCCUCCUUUCCCGCUCCCCUUAAAACCCUAAAUUUAUUCAUAAUUACAACAAAGAUCCCUAAUUUUCCCCACAAUUUCUACUUUGAUUCUCUUGUUUUUCUUGCCCUACCAACAGUUAUGGUUCACACAAUCAACUAUGGAAGAAACUAAAUUGAUGUUUGAUAAUUGUAGCAUAGGGAAUGGGAGCUCCAGCAAUAGUAAGCCGCCCAACCCACUUGCUGGGGGCAACCGUUUACACGCUAAGUCACUUGUUCGACAUCCCUCUUUGGUGAGAGCCAAGUUAUCAGAUGUUCCUCUUGAACCAAGAGCAGUGGGUGAUCAUGCAACAGAGUACAUUCCUGUACUUCGCUCGGGUGCUUGGGCUGACAUUGGAUCUCGGUCAAGCAUGGAAGAUGUGUAUGUGUGUACCGACAAUUUUAUGAGCCACUCUAGAUCAACUGGUGCUAAUGAAGGGACUCAUGCCUUCUACGGGGUUUUUGAUGGACAUGGAGGAAAGCAUGCAGCUGACUUUGCUUGCAACCAUUUACCAAGGUUUAUUGCCGAGGAUGAAGACUUCCCAAGGCAGAUUGAUAGGGCAAUUUCUGCUGCAUUUUUGCAAACUGAUACUGCUUUUGCAGAAGCCUGCACCUUGGAUGCUGAUCUUGCUUCUGGUACCACUGCUUUGGCUGCCCUUGUUAUUGGAAGUUCGCUGGUUGUGGCAAAUGCAGGAGAUUGUAGAGCCGUACUUUGUCACCGUGGUAAAGCUAUUGAGAUGUCGAGAGAUCACAAACCUGGUUGUUUUAGGGAAAAGGAGCGCAUUGAAGCUUCUGGAGGAUAUGUGUAUGAUGGCUACCUGAAUGGACAACUGAAUGUGGCUCGUGCUUUAGGAGAUUGGCACCUGGAAGGAUUAAAAUCUAUUGAUGGCGGUCCCCUUAGUGGAGAACCUGAAGUCAUGAGCACCAGACUUACAGAAGAGGACGAGUUUCUCAUACUAGGCUGUGAUGGUAUAUGGGAUGUCUUCAUGAGCCAAAAUGCUGUGGACUUUGCUCGUCGAAGGCUUCAGGAACACAAUAAUCCAGUGAUGUGCUGCAAAGAUCUCAUUGAUGAGGCUCUGAAAAGAAAGAGUGGUGACAAUUUAUCUGUGGUUGUGGUGUGUUUUCAAAAGCAGCCGCCUCCCAACUUGGUUGUGCCACGCGGAAGGGUGCAUAGGAGCAUAUCUGCAGAAGGUUUAAAGGAGUUGCAGGGCUUUUUGGAUACCUUGAAGGAUUAAAGAUAGUACAGCAUGGCCUUUUUGUUUUAUGUUCUUUUAGUUUUUCAGUUGUCUUUAGGAGUUAAAAUAUCUCUCCUCCCCUCCCCUCCACUCUAUUCCCUGUUCUUUUUCCUCUGUCCGCUGUUUCUCAUUCUUGUAGACUCUAGUUUAUGGUUAGAUGAUGGGAGAGAUUGACAAACCAACUGUAACAUAUGCGGCGCUGUUGUCUGAUUAACUAACAUUUUCUGUGUUUUAGGUGGUUCUGGAGUCUGGACCUUCUUGAUAAUUUUAAUUUAAGUUGUCUUUUCCAUUAA